AUGCCACGCAUCCUCCCGUUGGCCCACGACACCAUCUCUCAAAUCCAAUCUUCAAGACAAAUCACCAGUCUAGAGGGCGUGGUAUUGGCGCUGGUGGAAAAUAGCCUCGAUGCUGGCUCCACCAAGCUUACCAUCACCGUCGAUUUCCGCCGUGGUGCCUGUAUCGUCGAUGACAAUGGAUCUGGCAUCCGUUCCGAUGAAUUUGCGGAGGAUGGCGGUCUGGGACGAAUGCAUCACACCUCCAAACACAGCUCCGAAUCUGAUGGUCGACUACACGGAAGCAGCGGUACCUAUCUCGCCUCGCUCGCCGCGCUCUCUUUCCUGAGCAUCUCCUCCCGACAUCUCGACACCCAGCAGCAUGCGAACAUCACGUUUCACCAAGGCCGAGUGAUCAAACGGCAAGCUUCCGUCACCAGUGAUGCCGACAUUCCCUCAUCAGGGCGUCAUGGAACUCGGGUAGAGGUCCGCAAUCUUUUUGGAAACAUGCCGGUGCGUGUCAAGCAGCGUACUCUCGCUGCACAAGAUGGCAAAGAAGACGACAAAGCCUGGGCUGUGCUCAAGCACGGCAUCGUUGCUCUCUUACUUGCGUGGAAGGAACCAUGCUCCGUUACCAUCUCUCCCGAGUCCAGCCCAGCCAGGACUCUCCGUCUUUCUGCUUUACACCCCGCCGUGACCGCCGCCCUAACGGAGAAGAGCCUUCAUACGCUCCGUGGAGCGACGGUUAAAUACGAACUCAAAGACGCCUUACCCCUGCUGUUCCAAGCUGGACUCGCACCGCACGAUACGAGAGAUCGAUGGGUUCCUGUAUCCGCCUCCACCCGCCAGGUCUCCAUACGUGGACUCAUUUGUCUUGAUGCUGCUCCCACGAGGCACUGUCAGUUCAUCAGUCUUGGGGUGCGUCCGUGCUCUGAACUCUUUAGCAACAGCGACGUUAGCCGAACGGUCAACACAAUCUUCGAGCAUAGCAACUUUGGCGCCAUGGAGGAUGACCUGGACGUCGAACAGCUGGAAAAGCAUCGCCGCAAGGGCAAAGAACUUCAAAAGGGGAAUGGUCUUACUCAAAGGCAUUUGCGCGGACGUAAACCCAUAGAUCGCUGGCCGAUGUUCGUGUUGAAGAUCGAGGUUGCCAGCGGGACCCAUCAGCAUCUUGAAUCGCAAAAACUCGUCGACUCACGUGCCAAAGCGAUCGACGAGGUCAUGGAGACCAUGAUUACUCAGUGGCUUGUAGCCCAUCAUUUUCGCCCUCGGAAACAGAGGCAGUCCGGUCACAAGCGGAAAUAUGUCGAUGCUUUGGGGAACGCUCACGAUGUAGGGCAGCACGAUCUGCUCCGACCUGCAACUUCCAGCGACCAUUUCAGUUCGUGGAGUCGCAUCAAGUCCGGAAGGCCGGCUUUUUAUGACGAAAUGUGGCUGUCCCGAAAGCCAGCGACGGCUCCUGCGGAACAAAUGGGGACGAGAGGCGACGAGAUCGAGACGCCCAACAAGAGCGCCUUCGAGCUCCCGGUGUUAGAAGCGGGUUCGCUCAAUCACAGUGGCCAACCCCCUGAAACUGGGGCAGGUCACUCACCCGCAGACAAUCCCGAAGGUGGCGACGUCCUGGUGGACUGGCAGGAUCCCAUAUCCAAGCAAACAUUCAAAGUCAACAGUAGGACUGGGGUCGCUCUCCUCCCUGCCAACCCUAUUCGAGCAGCAGCUGGAGUCAGACAGCCUGCUGCCGUUCAGAGGGCCGCCUCGCUGAGAGGGUUACCAUUGCUUCCGGCUCGGCGAUCGGAAGGCGCGUCUCUGCCCGGUUGGCUUCCCACAUUCUUGGAAGAAUGGAGGAAUCCGGUUUUUGCGCCUCAGCAGGAGGAGAAGAUACCUACUGCGUCUCUGACUCCGCUUGGAGAGGACUCUGUGGAUGUGGCAGUUGGGCAACGCACGCACGCCUCGACGCCCGCAGCACUCACGAAGAUCAGUGCUACAAUUCUCAGCAAGCUGUCCAAAGGCGCGUUGAAGCAAGCUACGGUGAUCCAGCAAGUAGACCGAAAGUACAUCUUGUGCAAGAUGAGGUCAAACGACAUUGCGGACCAUGUGGAGGCUCUCGUGCUGGUUGAUCAGCACGCCGCGUCCGAGCGAGCCACUCUGGAGGGGCUGCUCGCUGAGUUGUGCGAGCCGGGAGACAUACGGGAGAACUCUCGCAAGGUGAAGACUAUGUCCCUCGAGAAGACUCUUCGAUUCGAAGUGUCCGAGGUGGAAUGGCACCAUUUUCGGGCGCACAAGCAACGUUUCGUGGACUGGGGUAUCGUUUAUGAGUUGACUGCGAAAGCUGAAGACCUCUCGGCAUCUCAAGUUGGAGCGCCUAGACGGUGCUACAUGAUCAGAGUCCAAAGCCUCCCUCCAGGCAUCGCAGAACGGUGCAUCUCCCUCCCCAAGCUACUGAUUGACCUGCUGCGCUCCGAGAUCUGGAGCAUUGUCGAUUCUGGCAGCAGCCCGGAGACGUCCCUCGAUGUUGCGGCGGACGCGCACGCGGAUGGUACGCACGGAUGGUUGAGUCGCAUCGGCUCCUGCCCGAAGGGCAUUAUCGAACUAUUGAACUCGCGAGCCUGCCGGUCCGCCAUCAUGUUCAAUGACGAACUGUCUCUCGACCAGUGCAAAGCGUUGAUGAUGGAGUUGGGCGAUUGCGCAUUCCCGUUCAUGUGUGCGCACGGCAGAGUGAGCAUGGUGCCCGUCGCCGAGAUCCGAUGCGACUUCGAGGAUAGCGAAGGUGACGUUCCAAGCUGGGAGAAGCCAGAUGUGACUGGUAGUUUUGUCGAGGCCUUCCGGAACUGGUCGAAUAGCAGUAGUGAUCUCCGUACGGCAUCAACCGAUUAA